UCCGCCUGUGCCUCCAGCUCCUUCGCCCCGGCCCGGCCGGCCGCCACUUCCGGCCGCUCACCUGGGACGCGCUCACCUGCCUCCGGGCGCCUGGGCACCGGGAUGAAGGACCGGCUGGAGCAGCUGAAGGCCAAGCGGCUGACACAGGAUGAUGAUGCCGAUGAGGUGGAGAUUGCUAUUGACAACACAGCCUUCAUGGAUGAGUUCUUUGCUGAGAUUGAGGAAACUCGGCAAAACAUUGACAAGAUCUCCGAGCACGUGGAAGAGGCUAAGAAACUCUACAGUAUCAUCCUGUCUGCACCGAUUCCAGAGCCAAAAACCAAGGAUGACCUAGAGCAGCUCACGACCGAGAUCAAGAAGAGGGCCAACAACGUCCGGAACAAACUGAAGAGUAUGGAGAGGCACAUCGAGGAAGAUGAGGUCCGGUCAUCGGCCGACCUUCGGAUUCGGAAAUCCCAGCACUCCGUCCUGUCCCGGAAGUUUGUGGAGGUGAUGACCAAAUACAACGAGGCUCAGGUGGACUUCCGUGAACGCAGUAAAGGGCGAAUCCAGCGGCAGCUCGAAAUUACCGGCAAAAAGACCACAGAUGAGGAGCUGGAGGAGAUGCUGGAGAGUGGGAACCCCGCCAUCUUCACUUCUGGGAUCAUUGACUCUCAGAUUUCCAAGCAAGCCCUCAGUGAGAUCGAGGGGCGGCACAAGGACAUUGUGAGGCUGGAGAGCAGCAUCAAGGAGCUUCAUGACAUGUUUAUGGACAUCGCCAUGCUGGUGGAGAAUCAGGGUGAGAUGCUAGAUAACAUAGAGCUGAAUGUCAUGCACACAGUGGACCAUGUGGAGAAGGCACGGGAAGAAACGAAAAGAGCCGUGAAAUACCAGGGUCAGGCCCGGAAGAACCUGAUUUCACUCCAGCCUGGUGUGGCCACCCUUGUCUUCAGACGGGAACAGAGUUUGAAUGGACUUCCUGAGAGAGAGUGCGACCUGUUCCUUUGUUUCCUUGUAACCGUCCUUGGACCUCACCCAGCAAACAAUUUAGCCCCAGAGGAAGCUAAUCUACCUGAUGCAACCCUGAGUUCUCCUCAAAACCUUCUCCUGCCCCACCAACUCUGAAGUGCCUUCUCUCCCAGACAGUAAGAACCAACCCAGCUUCUCUUUAUUCCCUCUGAAUGUGUCAAAUUAUGCCUUGCACCUUGGAAAGCCCAUUCCAAACCUUCCCAAGGUGCUGUAUUUUCUACCUCAUGGAGUGUUCUCCUCCCAGAAAUUGCAGUGUAUUUUGUAGGGGGUUAUCGUUAACCACACAAAGGGAUUCUUCUAAGUGUGGCAACAAUAAGGCUUGGCUUGAGCCUUCUACUUGGCAGGGUCUUGGUCCUCACAGUUUGUUGUCCCUAUGUCUUGAAAGUAUGUGGAACUGGCAGAUGUCAUUUUGGUCUUAGAAGCUGACUUGUUUGAAGUUCAAUUUUAAAUUAAGCUCUUAGUUUGUUCAGCUUGGGGGCCAACUUCAAUCUUUAUGUUGUAUUCUCUCAUGUUUACUCAAGGAGGCACCAGCAUGAUAUGGUUGUCCUAGGUUACCAUUUGUAAAGGCUGAGGGUAUGAGAUAUUGGUUUCCCUCUCUGACUCUUGGAAACUGGCUGUUCUCCAUUGGAAUGAUGCUUUGUGGAGCCAUUGCCUUGAGGUGAUAAAUAACCAGGCACUUAAAAUUGGGCCAGGGACAAGGUGCUUGAGUCUCAGGCUCUGGAAAUGCUCAGAUUGGUGCGAGUAUUCAGUCACUCAUUUCAUAUAUUCCAGAUGUAUUUUUAUAAUCGUGUGUGAGACAAAUAUAUGUAUAUAUCUGCCCGUGUCUCUCAGGAAGUAGGAAACUAGAAAUGGAGAAUAUUAUAACCUCAAAACAAACAAACAAACCCCUUGACCUGGGCGGAAAAUUAGGUAAGAGACAUUUGCUUAUCCGCAAAUGAAUCAUAGUAGAAAUAUGAUCUGGUGUCAUCGAGAAACCUUGUUUUCUGGUGAGUACCGGGACAAUCAUAGAUCUUUGGGGUGAGGACUAAGUUGACCCCCUUAAGUUUUUCUGCUUAGCAGACAGGUGUGACAAGUUUUGGCGCCUCUCCCCACUGCUGCAUAGGUGAGGCUUGUCCUGAGAACAUCCCACAGCAAUUUGAGGUCAUUCCUGAGGCCUUUAGGAUGAUCCUGUCUCCAGGGCGGAGUCAGCUGGCGGAGACCGGGGACUACUGAGUAGCCGGUAUUGCUACCAGGUUAAUGAGCUUGACAGGUUCUUUGUCUCCCCCAAUUCUUGUCAUGGAGGAAGAACAGCCAGGAAAUAAUUUCAAGUGUAGUGACUAUGCUGACCCAGUGGUGAGCCCCUAGACUCUCUGCCAGUCUCCCUGGUGUAUAGUUUAGCUUUAACUUUCAAGGAUAGGGUGAGCACCUAGUCCAGGGACUACCCCUUGGCUUCCUUUGCAAAGGCUAUGUACUCCAUCACUGCUCAGCACUCAGACAGAGCCUCUUACCCAUGGCUAUGAAGUCGGGACAGUGGACAGGCUCCAGCAACAAGGGAAGACAAGCUCUAAUCACAGGCCUUUGUUGCGCCCUGGGGCUUAGUUUGGAAUACAAAUGAAGGGUUUUUUUUUUUUUUUUUGUCAUUUGUAUUUUUUAAAUGUAAACUUGAUUAUUUUAUUGAUAAUUUAAAAAUAAAUUACUUUAUAUUGAUUGUGAAACAGUUCUGGCUCUAUUUCCCUGCAAAAUAGUGGUUGGGUGCCACCAUGUGGUGGUUUUUGUUUAGGUUUUGGAAAAAGGGUUAAAAUCCUUUUUAACCAUGUGCCAGACCAGAUGGAGCAAAAGUUCUAAUUUUUGAAAACGGUUUAACUCUCAAAGAAUACAUUGAACUACAUUUGACUUUCAGGUUUAAGGUACUCCCACCAGGAAUUUGGUUCACUCGUCGUGGGUAUCUGGCUCUAGGAGAGAAAGGGGAUAACUCUCAUGUGAUGGGAUCCAGAAGGCAGAACAACAUACUAAACACCCUUAGAGAUUGCUGUUGAUCUAAUUUUGAAUCUCUCGCCUAAAAGCAAUGCUUCUAUUCACAUCCUGGGUUCUAGAAGCCAGAUCCAUCUCCCUUUCCCUUCACAUCUUCCUCCA